GGGUGGUCCCGCCCGCCCCCGCGGGAGAGGCGGCGGUUGCGCGGCGGGGCAGAGGUCGCGCGCGGGGCGGUCUAUUUCUGCUGUUUCGUCUCAAAACUACCAUAGGCAGAAAUUCUGGGUGGUUUAUUCAGUGUUUUCUCUUUGAGUGACUUUAGUUGAACUUUGUGAUGUCUUCCCCUGAAAUUGCUUCCCUUUCUUGGGGUCAGAUGAAGGUGAAAGGCUGUUCUACCACGUACAAAGACUGCAAAGUGUGGCCGGGAGGAAGCCGAACCUGGGAUUGGCGAGAAACGGGGACUAAUCAUUCCCCCGGAGUGCAGCCAGCUGACCUUGAAGAAGUCGUUAAGAAGGGUGUUAAAACUCUGGUGAUCGGUCGUGGCAUGAGCGAGGCUUUGCAGGUUCCACAAUCUACCGUGGACUAUCUGAAAAGAAACGGGAUCGAUGUGUUGGUCUUGCAAACGGAGAAGGCCGUGGCCGAGUACAACGCCCUGGCUGCUCGGGGGGUGCAAGUCGGGGGAGUUUUCCAUUCAACCUGCUGAAGCUUUUGCAGCUCGUUCCGCCUUUCGCCGCCGCGGCCAAAUCACGGACACGCGUUGAGUCACAUCGCGGUCAACGGAGCGUGGAUUUACCUACCUUAAAAUGCAAGGAUGGUUUGUCAGCUCGGGGUUUAGAGUGCUCACAAAAAGGGACUAUUAAUGAAAUAAUUUAACUACAGAUCCAUUUUCAUACAUUCUUGAGAUUGACCUAAUCUUCCUCUGAACACUGUCCGUAUUCUGCUUACUUAACUUUUCACCUGUUGGCUAAAUUAAGAUACUACGCUUUGAAUACUUCUCUUAGGAAAUGGCCCAAAAUGACAUUAUUAGCUAUUGAAAUGCAGCCAUAAAAUAUCUGAUGAGUACAAUCCAGUGGUAGAUAUGAAGCGGUGGUAAAGAAGCAAUACACUGAACUGUGCAAUACAUAUCUAUGCAAAAGUCCCUACGUGCUUAAAAUCACCAGGAAGAUUUGUCACAAAACUAGUUUGCAAUAUAAAAUGUUGAGUUUUUUAGGAAAUCAGUCUAAAUUGCUGCUGGGGAUGGAUGUGAGAAUUCUUACUGGUCAUCAUUAUCUGAUGAUUGAACCACUGUGCCAACAAGCAUAUUAUUUACAGUGAAAAUUUAAUAAAUUCUUAAAGUCGCUGUUCUUGCUGGGCUUCUAUUAAUAUUAUGAGUUACAAGUUACCUACUGUAGAUAUUUUCCCUACCAGGCUCACUAAUUCUUGGUCUGCGCCUAUGAAUUCUGUGUAUAUGAAUGAAAUUACAAAGCUGUGGCUCCUCAAAGCCGUGAGGCGUCCGAGCUGUCGGAGCAGCAGCAAAGAGGCUGAGAUCGGUAUGUGAACGCUCUUUCUCAGGAAUAACCCUUCACAAAAUACUGUGUUAUUUUUAUUUGUUCUAGUAAUCCUUUAAAACCUCUUCUUUUUUGCAUUGUGUCAUCUUAUAGCGGAGGUGGUUUGAUGCUCUUGAUCACAAUCGUAUAUUUGCAAUAUUUCAUGAGUUUUUGGGCCUGAAGGCAGCCUGAAAUAGGAAGAGGUUUUAUAAGGUUUUUACUGGGAGGACAAUUCUAGUUUUUUGAAGUACUGCUACACAGUUGAGCAAACAAACACCUGAUCUUUCACCUCUAGGUUUUGGCUUUUUAAGUAUUUUCAUAUUAAUGUGGCACAAUAAUGAUCAAGCCACAUUCAACAAAACCGCUCAGCCCAGGUCCUGCACGGUGAGCCCCUCUCACUGGUGCUACAUUUGUCCUCCCAAAAGCCUGAGACUGUUUUAGAGGUGCUGCAGCUUCUUCAUUUUUCCUUCCAUUUGGCAACCAGUAGGAUAGAGACAAUUCCACUACCAAACCAGGGAGAUACAGAGAUAAACUGCUAAGUGUUGCUACCAUCAGCACAGAACUUGGGUGUUAACAAGAAGAUAAUCUGCUGCAAGUUGCGUCAAUCCCUAUUUUCUACUUCUGCUCUUGAGGCAGCUUCAUCAGUUCCACAAACGUGGCUGCUCCAGUCCCUGAAAGCCCAAAUUUCCUCCCCGGUGCCUGAAAUUGCUUUGCUGCAUGGUGGAAACAGCUGGGAUUGAUUCAUCGAAAAAAAUUCAUCCAGAGGUCAAAACGGUAUCCUUCUUAAAUCACCACUUUCAGCUAGAGCCGUAAAUAAUGUUAAAAUUAACAGGCUCAUCGUCCAAAUCGUGGGAAUGCACUUUUUUUAGGGCAGGAUUCCUCACAUACGCCGCUUCUCUGCCUCCCAGCAGGAAAACGCUCUCCCAGUAUAGGCAGCGAGCUCCCAGUACAGCAGAUACCGGGCCGGGCGCCAGAAGAUUCUGCUGUAAGCGGGUUGGUCCCCAGCCCUUAUCUUUGUGAAGCAGCACGUACGAGCUGCCGCUGGAGAUACCGGCCUUAAAAAGACUCAGACGCACCAAACCAGCAUUUUUAAGGGACAUCAGGCAGCGUUUGUGCAAUUACAUCUCCGAGCCUUCAAACUUUAAAAUAAAAAGUUGCGUUAAUAUCGCAUUAGCAAAUUGUAAAGCAAGAAGUCAGCCCGCUCCUGAAUUCCUUCCGCCCUCUCCUAAGGACAAACUGGAAGAUGAGAGUGAAAUAAGAAGAAAAUAAUAAUUGUAUCGUCUCUGACGUGGUCAAAAGCUUUGAGAACGGGGAUAAGCAAGGCAGAAAUGCAGCGGAAACUCAUCUCAAUGAGCUGGAACCCCAAAUGAUGGCACAUGGUCCCGAUUUAAAUUCAUGCCCUGUUUUUUCAUCCUCCCAAGAACUUGCUUUGUGCUUUUUGCAGUGAGUGUACCCACCAGCUUAGUUUUUCUGGACUUUAAGAUACAAAAAGCCACACCAGGUUUGAGUUAAUAUCUCAUAAGCUUCACCUUUUGUCUGAAUAAAUUUACGCAUUAUUUUAAGCA